GCGAUUUUGGGACAAAACGAAUUCCAUCAAUUUUUCGGCGUAUGAUGUGUAGCGCAUGCGCACCGCUUGCUCUUCCUUUUUGAUAGCUUCUUCACCAUGGCGCCUAUUAGGAAGCAGAAUGUCAGCAAAGGUGGUAAGAAGAAAAAGCAGGUCCUAAAAUUCACACUGGACUGCACGCACCCUGUCGAAGAUGGCAUCAUGGAUGCUGCCAACUUUGAACAGUUUCUGCAGGAGCGCAUUAAAGUGAACGGCAAGGCCGGGAACCUUGGUGGCGGUGUGGUCUCCAUUGAGAGAAGCAAGAGCAAGAUUACAGUGUCCUCUGAGGUGCCCUUCUCCAAAAGAUACCUGAAGUAUCUGACAAAGAAGUACCUGAAGAAGAACAAUCUCCGUGACUGGCUGCGUGUUGUUGCCAACACCAAGGAGAGCUAUGAGCUCCGCUACUUCCAGAUUAAUCAGGAUGAAGAGGAGGAAGAAGAUGAUGAUUAAAAUGGCAAUUAAUCUGAUUUUGUGUAUUUAAAUAAAUGUUGUUUACAAUACAGAG